UAAAAAGACGUGGCUAAGUUUUAAUAAAAGUGUGUGUACUUGAAACUGACAAGUAAAUUCAGCAACGUUGACGUGUUGCCUCCCGCGAACCAAUCGACGAAAUCCAGUCAACCCCGUAACAUUAACAUUAAACUCGCCCAAAAGUAUCAACUCUCUUCCCCCCAUCAGUCCACUCAUCCAUCCAAACCACCAUUUCCACGAUCGUGCUGAUCACGAUGAUGAUGGUUCCGGCCGAGUCACCUGUUCAUGUUUAUCAUCCGUGGGCCCCGUCUCCUCCCUCCACCGCCACUACUGCUACUGCUUUCCUCAACCAAUCAAUGUCCCCCCCGCCCAGACUGCCGCUCCAGUUCAGUCCGCCAUUGAUCGCGAUGGUGGUGGUGGUAGCCGCUGCUUUCAUCGUCGUUACCUACUCCCGCCUCAUCUCGCGCCACGUCGUUCCGUCAAUCAUCCGUAUCAUCCGCCGAUGUAGGCAGUGGCGGCGCCGACGUGGGGCCCGGUCUUUCCUUCCGUCCUCCUCGGGCGACCUGGACUCGUUGCCCUACGACUCGCCCUUCUUCGAGGCAAGCGACGGUUUCCGCGUUUAUUCCCCGUAUGGUCUGGACGAGUCCGUCAUCAAGACCAUCCCGCUCUCAAUCUAUACUUCCAAAUCCAACAGAGAGCGCCGGGACUGCGUAGUGUGCCUCCUUGAGUUCGAAGACGGCGACUACGUCCGUACGCUCCCCUUCUGUUCCCACGCGUUCCACGUGGAUUGCAUUGAUAUCUGGCUCAGGUCUCACGCCAACUGUCCCCUCUGCCGCGCCGGAAUAUUCUGUUCGGAGUCUCCGUUUAUUCCACUGAUGGCAGCCAGAAUAAGACCGAGCCUCGACGACACGAUCUUGCGUAGCAUGACGCUGGAGCCUCUCACCGAAGCUUUGCCAGAGUCUCGCAGCUCAGUCUCGGAGAUAACGCCGUGCAUCGAAGAGCAGUCACCGACGAGGAACAACAACUACAAUUACAACCACAACUCGGAGGAUAGAUUCAACGGCCGAGAUUUCUUGUUGAAACGGUCGUACUCGUUCGGAUUUGAAAGGAGUAUGACAUCUGAGAGGAUGGUCAUGGAACCGGCAACAGCGUCACCUUGGCGGUACCGGAGAGGAAGCUUCUGGAACAAACGGAUGUCGCCUUUCGGAUCGUUAACGAAACCUCGGGUUUUCUCUUUCAGGUACUACAGAGGAAUGAAGUCGCCGUUCUUUAGACGGAGGGGAUUGUUUCCGUUAUCAGAGUCAAGGGUGAGGUUUACGGGCUCAGGAGGAGUUGGAGGAGGAGGAGGAGGAGGAGGGUGGUCAUCGAGGAGGAGCAAAUCGAUGACCAGCCCGAUGUUUAUGAGGUCGUCGGGGAUGGGGGCAGGGGCGUUCUCGUCGAGCCGGCUGAGGUGUGGGGAUCCCGAGGCGCUGCUGUCACCGGAAAGGUUCAACGGGAGGAGGUAGCAAGAGCGGGGAAAAGGACACGUGGAGGGGAUGAACGGUGAGAGAUGGAGAAAUGCAAAGCGAUGGGGACAGAGAGGUAUUAAUUGAGGGGGAGAGGGGGGAGAAGAGGGCGUUUAAUGAGGCGGUCUGGCAAUUUGUAGAAGCUCAUUAAUUUGCUGGGCUGAACAUUUAUUACAAAAUUGACGCGACCUAAAUAGUAAGGGCUCUCUCUCUCUCUCUCGCGUGGGAACGACUUUUUGGGAGAGGCAGGGGCUGUGGAAGCCUUCCUUUUAAUUUUCAGGAAGAUCGAUGGGGUUUUUCUUUCUUUCUUUCUUUCGGAUGUACCGACACAACCCCAUGUGGAAAGGAUGGUGGCGAGGCUGCUCAAUUAUUUGGUGAUGUGGGCGCACAGCCUUCCACCGGUCCAUCCUACAUCCUCUAUCUGCCUACAAGUCAAGAAUCAGAGUAAUAUUCCAUGUUGAUGUGUAGGAGACUUUAAUCUCUUCAUAACAAUUAUUUGCUCUAAAAUGAGAUUUUAGUA